AUGGAGGAAUACAAAGCCAAAUCGAAGCUGAGCGAGAGUUCAACCUCCACCGUCUGGCUAGCUAAGCACAUCUUAACCGGAGAAGAAGCGGUGAUGAAGUGUUUCGAUCUCUCGAAGCUCAAUCACAAUCUCAUAAGCUGUUUACACAACGAGCUCGAUUUUCUAUCUUCAGUCGAUCAUCCCAACAUCAUCCGUCUCCUCCAGGUUCUCCAGGAUAAGGAUUUACUCAUCAUGAUUAUGGAGUAUUGCGAUGGGGGAACUUUAUCAUCUUACAUUAAGCGUCACGGGAGAGUUGAAGAACAUAUCGCCAGAAGAUUCAUGAAGCAACUUGGAGCUGGUUUAGAAAUCAUUAAUGAUAAUCACAUUAUCCAUAGGGAUCUUAAACCAGAGAAUAUUUUACUAGCUGGAUCAGGGGAUGAAUCCGUGUUGAAGAUAGCUGAUUUUAGUCUUUCAAGAAAACUGCUUCCAGGAAAGUAUCUAGAGACAGUUUGUGGUUCUCCGUUUUAUAUGGCUCCUGAAGUUCUUCAGUUUCAGAGAUACAAUAAAAAGGCUGACAUGUGGAGUGUAGGAGCAAUCCUUUUUGAGCUUCUUCAUGGUUAUCCACCUUUCAGUGGUAAGAACAAUGUUCAGGUUUUAAGAAACAUAAAGUCUAGUUUAUCUCUUCCUUUCUCUCGGUCGAUUGUUCAGCAGUUGCAUCCAGAUUGCAUUGAUGUAUGUUCAAGGCUGCUCUCUACUAACCCAGUUACGCGUCUCUCAUUUGAUGAAUUCUACAAGCACAAGUUCCUAAGUAUCGGAUGA